AUGGAUUGCCACCAAGUCACCUCUCGCGCCCUCUAUGAGGAAGACGAUGUUAUCAACUAUGUCAACCAAGUCGACGCGGAAAACGGCGAUGUAAAGACGGGCGGGGAUCUCGAGAAGCACCAAACCGCUGCAUCUACAGCCUCUUAUCAGGAAACGUACCCCGAGGGCGGCUUGCAGGCGUGGUCCGUGGUCGCUGGUUCGUGGUUCUCCCUAUUCGCUUCGCUUGGACUAAUGAACACUCUCGGCACGUUUCAGGCCUAUGUCCUCGACAAUCAACUCACAGAGUAUAGCGAGGGCACUGUUGGUUGGAUCUUUUCCAUCUACACCUUCCUCGCCUUCUUCUGUGGUGUUUACAUUGGGCCUGUCUUUGACAAAUAUGGUCCUAGGUGGCUUGUCAUUGCUGGUGCAGUUUUCACCGUCGGUGGUAUGAUCUUUAUGAGUUUUGCGACUCAACUCUGGCACUUUGUUGUCUCAUUCGGUUUACUCUGCGGAUUCGGAUCUUCACUGCUCUUCACUCCAUCGAUCGCUGCGGUUGGCCACUACUUCAAGGCACGAAGAGGUUUAGCAACUGGCGUUGCAUCCACUGCGGGUGGUAUUGGCGGUAUCAUCUACCCCUUCAUGUUGACUCGACUAAUCGACAAGAUCGGUUAUGGGUGGGCAACCCGAGUUAUUGCUCUCAUCUGCCUCGUCUGCAGUUUGAUCGGUAUCACCCUCCUCAAGUCCCGACUCCCACCAGCCAAGGACGCAACCGCGCACCCCAACUUUCUCAUCUUCAAGAGUCUACCUUUCCUCUUUACCACCAUCGGCGUCUUCCUGCUCGAAUUCUCACUCUUCAUUCCUCUCGGUUACAUCUCGACUUAUGCGCUGCACAAGGGCUUCGGGAAGGACUUUUCCUACAACCUCAUCCCUAUUCUCAACGCUGGUUCAGUCAUUGGUCGGCUCCUUCCGGGCUACUAUGCCGAUGUAAUCGGUCCUUUCAAUGUCAGCAUCCUCGCUGUCAUUCUCGCCAUCGUGGCAUGUUUCUGCGUUUGGCUUCCUCUUGGUGGAACGACAGCUGGUGUCAUCGUCUUCGCCGUGCUCUUCGGUUUCUCCUCUGGCACUUCCAUCGCCAUCGCCCCUGUUUGCAUUGGACGACUGUGCAAGACCCAGGAGUACGGACGAUACUAUGCGACGGCAUACACAAUUGUAUCUUUUGCUUGUCUGAUCGGUAUUCCCAUCGGUGGCAGUAUUGUUCAGGCCAAUGGUGGUGAGUACUGGGGACUCAUCAUCCUGACUGGCGCCAUUUAUGUGGGAUCUAUGAUCUCGCUGUUCUUGGCCAAGGUUAGUCUUCUUGGGCUGCAUAACUGGAAGGCUGCCCUUUGA